UGAUGAUUGGCUAUUAAUUCUGUAUUAUCUACCAAUGAGAAUCCAAAAUGUUAGUUUUCGUUGCAACAUGACGAUCCGAAGUGCGCCGACGGUGUUCCGCGAUGGCGUGUUCGAUGGGAAAGUGGCUGUGAUCACGGGGGGCAGCACAGGCAUCGGCAAAACCAUCGCCCAUGAACUGUGUCUUCUGGGCUGCUCGGUAGUCCUUGCAUCGCGGUACAAUACACCACCGUCCUGCUUGCCUUCAUCCGUGCAUAUGACGCGAGAGAUAGCCAUGAAUCUCCAUGAUAAUGACCAAGAUCUAGAACAUUGGACACUUUGGUUGCCGCGGCCAACGAAAUCAAGGCACAAUUGCCGGCAGCGCUCUCGGCCCGUCCAAAUGUCGUGGUUCCCCUUGCAUGCGACGUGCGGGACGAAGCCCAAGUGAAGCGCCUGUUCGAUCAAGUCAUGCAAACGUUCGAACGAGUGGACUAUAUCGUCAACAACGGUCCGUCGCCUCCCUUCUCUACCACACUUUUCUUCGACAUCCCAUUCCUUGUGUGUUAGCCGGUGGCCAAUUUGUGUCGCCGUUUGAAAACUUGUCGCUCAACGGAUGGAACGCCGUGCAUCGACUGAACGCGACGGGCACGUUUCUCGUGACAAAGUACGCGUACGAAGCGUACCUGAAGGAGCACGGCGGCGCCAUCGUCAAUAUCCUUGUGGCCAUGAACAAGGGGUUUCCGUACGCAAGCCAUAGCGGCGCGUCCCGCGCGGCGGUCGAGAACCUCACCAAAUCCCUUGCCUACGAAUGGGCAUCCCGUGGCAUUCGCGUGAACUCUGUGACACCGGGCACGAUUCUGAGCUCGGGACUCAGCAACUACGGCCCCGUAGCUGACCAAGUUUGCACGUCGUACAGUGCCCACACGCCUGCCCGACGCCUCGGCACGGUGGAAGAGGUGUCGGCGGCGACCGUGUUCCUCCUCUCCCCCGCCGCCGCCUACACCACCGGCACGAAUGCCAUCGUGGACGGCGGAUGGAACCUCGCCGGCGCGCUCGUACCUCUUCCACAGCACGUGCGGUACCCCGUGUAUGGCACGAGCAAAUUGUAAUGAACCAAUAGUAGUACUACUACUUGUUUAGUAGUACUAUAAAUAGGAUACAGGGCUACGACUCUGGUAUUACAUUAUCGCAGUUGCUUUGACGUAGA